AUGUUCCUGAAGCUGGGCCCUGAUGAGAUCGAGUACGAUGCGAAGUUCCAGCUCUACCUUCAGUCAAAGCUGCCGAAUCCGCACUUCCGCCCUGAGGUCUCCGCGCAGUGCACCGUUGUGAAUUUCAUCGUAACACCUGAGGGGCUCGAGGAGCAAGUCUUGGCCAUGGUUGUCAAUUGCGAGAAGCCGCAGCUUGAAGAAGAGAAGCAGUCCUUGGUGCGACGGCAGAACGAGUACAAGGUGGUGCUGAGCCGGCUCGAAGACGAGCUGCUGAGCCAGCUCUCCGCCGCAGAUCCAACUACCAUACUGGAUAACCUACCUCUUAUCGAGGGCUUGGAGAAGACCAAGCAGACCAGCCGUGAAAUUGGGGUGCAAGUGGCGGAGGCGCAGAAGACAGAGGUUGAAAUCAAUCAUUCCCGAGAGCUCUAUCGGCCCGUCGCUGCAGAAGGCUCAAUGCUUUUCUUCCUGAUCAACCAGCUGUGUGUUGUACAGCACAUGUACCAGUACUCUUUGGAUGCAUUCAACACCUUCCUGCAAAAAGCCAUUGACCGGACACAGGGGGCGGAGGACAUCCAUGAGCGCACAGAAUUGCUCAUUGCUUCGGCUCGGCUUACCGUUUUCCGUUGGGUCAACCGUGGCCUUUUCGAGGAUCACAAGCUCAUCUUCUGUACCAUGCUGGCCUUUCGACUGCUGACCUUGCGGCAGCUUCAAGAGGACUUUGUCCCGAGCCACUUCUCAUUCCUGCUCCGGGCACCUUCAGUGCCAAUCGUAAAUGAGAAUCCUCUCUCAGACUGGCUCCUGGACAAGAGCUGGGCCAUGGUACUGAAGCUUGUGGAAUUGGAGGGCUUUGAAAACUUUGCGCAGAAUAUGGAGCGCGACGCUCCGAACCGCUUCCGGGACUGGAUGGCGGAGCCGGCUCCAGAGGAUGCCAAGCUGCCACUGGACUGGAAGACCUUGGAUGCGAAGUACUUCCGUCUGAGGCUGGUUAUUCGAUGUCUGCGGCCUGACCGGAUGUCCAUCGCUUUGGCCAAGUGGGUCAGGAGACUCUGCCUUUCCUGCCUUUCAACUUACGGACCAUCAUCUUACGAACUUUGCAAUUUGCAGGCAGAGUCUCCCAAGCGGCAAAGAUUACAUUGA